GUUCCUGAUGGUGCACCUCCAUCAGUCUUGAAGGAGUUGCCGGCUAAGGAGAAGGAUACAAAGUAUCAGUAUCUGUGGAACUGCAAAGAUCAACUACAUCAGGCAUCCCGGAUUAUACUUGCCACUGAUGGGGAUGCACCUGGCCAAGCUUUGGCUGAGGAGCUUGCUCGCCGCCUUGGGAAAGAAAAAUGCUGGCGGGUCAAGUGGCCUAGAAAAGGGGCGGUCGAUCAUUGCAAAGAUGCAAAUGAGGUUCUCAUGUAUUUGGGCCCUGAUGCACUGAAAGAAAUGAUUGAGAAUGCAGAAUUAUAUCCCAUACGUGGAUUGUUUAACUUCAGAGAUUACUUUGAUGAGAUUGAUGCAUAUUAUCAUCGAACUUUAGGAUAUGACAUUGGUGUCUCAACUGGGUGGAGUAAUCUGAAUGAGCUAUACAAUGUUGUACCAGGAGAACUGACCAUAGUAACUGGGGUUCCCAAUUCAGGGAAGAGUGAGUGGAUUGAUGCUCUUCUCUGCAAUCUUAAUCGAAUUGCUGGCUGGAAAUUUGCGCUUUGUUCCAUGGAGAAUAAGGUUAGGGAACAUGCUCGAAAACUUUUAGAGAAACAAUUGAAGAAGCCUUUCUUUAAUGAACGUUAUGGCGAAAAUGUUGAACGGAUGAGUGUGGAGGAAUACCAACAGGGCAAGCUCUGGUUAAGUGAUACUUUUUAUCUCAUAAGGUGUGAAGAUGAUUCUCUUCCAAAUAUAAAGUGGGUCCUUGACCUUGCAAAAGCAGCUGUGUUAAGGCACGGAGUGCGUGGACUUGUAAUUGAUCCUUAUAAUGAGCUUGAUCAUCAGCGACCUCCAAAUCAGACUGAAACUGAAUAUGUGAGUCAGAUGCUUACCUUAAUCAAACGUUUUGCCCAACAUCAUGGAUGCCAUGUUUGGUUUGUAGCACAUCCAAGGCAGCUGCAUAAUUGGGUUGGGGAUCCUCCUAAUCUAUAUGAUAUAAGCGGAAGUGCACACUUCAUAAAUAAGUGUGACAAUGGGAUUGUUAUUCAUCGUAAUCGGGAUCCUGAAGCUGGGCCUAUGGAUCAAGUACAGGUUUGUGUUCGAAAGGUACGGAAUAAGGUUGCAGGGACAAUAGGUGAUGCCUUUUUGUUGUAUAAUAGGGUAAAUGGUGAGUACACAGACGUUGAUAACAAGAGAUAGCAAUGAGGCCAAAUCAUUUUUUGGGUAGAUUUGUAUAGUCCUGAUCCUGAGCAAGUUUGUCUUGAAAUGAAGUUACCAUAUGAUACAAGGUUCCUGUCUAAACAUAUGGCUGGCUAUAUGAUGUUCUUCACUUGGGGUGCCUGCCAGGUUGAGAUCAAGAAUGGUGGAUAACAUCUUAACAUGGCUUCUCAAAUUUGAUUGUAUAAUAUCAUUAUUUUUGCCUGAUUAUCUUAUAUGUCCUUUAGGUAUCCUUUUAUAGUUGUCUUGAGUUACAAUUUAUUUUAAUUUAAUUUUGCAGUUCUGCAUUUUAAUCAUUGUAUAGAUAUAGAAAGAUUAUUUCUUUGUAAUGAGCUCUAGUUCAUUUUCCUUUAG